AGGCACUUCCGCUCCUGGAGGGGAGGUUGCCGCCAAUUUUUCCCUCAUUGUGGCAUGAUUUCACCUUCACUUGAACUGCUUCAUUCAGGACUCUGCAAAUUCCCUGAAGUAGAAGGAAAAAUGACCACAUUCAAAGAGGCAGUGACCUUCAAAGAUGUGGCUGUGGUCUUCACUGAGGAGGAGCUGGGGCUGCUGGACCCUGCCCAGAGAAAGCUGUACCGAGAUGUGAUGCUAGAGAACUUCAGGAACCUGCUCUCAGUAGGGAAUCAACAAUUCCACCAAGAUACUUUCCAUUUCUUAAGGAAGGAAAAGUUUUGGAUGAUGAAGACAACAAGCCAAAGAGAAGGGAAUUCAGAAGGCAAGAUCCAAAUUGAGAUGGAGACUGUUCCAGAAGCAGGACCACAUGAAGAGUGGUCCUGUCAGCAAAUAUGGGAACAAAUUGCAAGUGACCUAACCAGGUCUCAAAACUCCAUAAGGAACAGCUCUCAGUUCUUCAAAGAAGGUGAUGUCCCCUGCCAGAUUGAGGCAGGACUAUCUAUAAGUCACGUGCAACAGAAACCUUACUGGUGUAAUGAAUGUAAACAGUCCUUCAGUGAUGUUUCUGUCUUUGAUCUUCAUCAACAAUCACACUCAGGAGAGAAAUCUCAUACAUGUGGUGAGUGUGGAAAAAGCUUCUGUUACAUCUCAGCCCUUCAUAUUCAUCAGAGAGUCCAUAUGGGAGAAAAAUGCUAUAAGUGUGAUGUAUGUGGUAAGGAAUUUAAUCAGAGCUCACAUCUGCAAACUCAUCAGAGAGUCCAUACAGGAGAGAGACCAUUCAAAUGUGGGCAGUGUGGGAAAGGCUUCCAUAGUAGAUCAGCACUUAAUGUUCAUUGCAAAUUACACACAGGAGAGAAACCUUAUAAUUGUGAGGAAUGUGGGAAAGCCUUCAUUCACGAUUCACAGCUUCAGGAACAUCAGAGAAUCCAUACUGGGGAGAAGCCAUUCAAAUGUGAUAUAUGUGGUAAGAGCUUCCGUGUUAGAUCAAGACUUAAUAGGCAUUCCAUGGUUCACACAGGAGAAAAACCAUUCAGAUGUGAUGCAUGUGGCAAGAACUUUCGUCAGAGAUCAGCACUUAAUAGUCAUUCCAUGGUCCACAUAGGAGAGAAGCCAUACAAAUGUGAGCAAUGUGGAAAAGGCUUCAUUUGUAGGCGAGACUUUUGUAAGCAUCGGAUGGUCCACACAGGAGAGAAACCAUAUAAUUGUAAAGAAUGUGGGAAGACCUUCAGAUGGUCGUCAUGUCUUUUGAACCAUCAGCGAGUCCACAGUGGACAAAAACCCUUCAAAUGUGAAGAAUGUGGGAAGGGAUUUUAUACAAAUUCACAACGAUCUUCCCAUCAGAGAUCCCACAAUGGAGAAAAGCCAUAUAAGUGUGAGGAGUGUGGUAAGGACUAUAAAAGGAGGUUGGAUCUUGAGUUUCACCAGAGGGUCCACACGGGUGAGAGACCCUAUAAUUGUAAGGAAUGUGGCAAGAGCUUUGGCUGGGCCUCCUGUCUUUUGAAACAUCAGAGACUCCACAGUGGAGAAAAACCUUUCAAAUGUGAAGAGUGUGGAAAGAGAUUUACUCAGAGUUCACAACUUCAUUCCCAUCAGACAUGCCAUACUGGAGAAAAGCUAUACAAAUGUGAGCAGUGUGAGAAGGGGUACAACAGUAAAUUUAAUCUUGACAUGCACCAGAGGGUCCACAGGGGAGAGCGACCCUAUAAUUGUAAGGAAUGUGGAAAGAGCUUUGGCUGGGCUUCUUGUCUUUUGAAACACCAGAGACUCCACAGUGGAGAAAAGCCAUUGAAAUCUGGAGUGUGGGAAGAGAUCUACUCAGAAUUCACAGCUUCAUUUACAUCAGUAAGUCUAUGUGGGAGAAAAGCCAUAUAAAUGUGAGAAGUGUGGGAAGGGCUUUGGCUGGGCCUCAACUCAUCUGACCCAUCGAUUCUCCACAGCAGAGAAAAACCAUUCAAAUAUGAGAACUAUGGGAAGAGCUUUGUACAUAGAUCAUAUCUUUUUUUUUUUUUUUUUGAGACAGAGGCUCACUCUUUCACCCAGGCCUGACUUCAGUGGUGCUAUCUCAGCUCACUGCAAGCUCCGCCUCCCGGGUUCAUGCCAUUCUCCUGCCUCAGCCUCCCAAGUAGCUGGGACUACAGGUGCCCGCCACCACACCCGGCUAAUUUUUUGUAUUUUUAGUAGAGACGGGGUUUCACCGUGUUAGCCAGGAUGGUCUCAAUUUCCUGAGCUCGUGAUCUGCCCGCCUUGGCCUCCCAAAGUGCUGGGAUUACAGGCGUGAGCCACCGUGCCUGGCCAUAGAUCAUAUCUUAAAGACCAAGAAAAAAGUCCACAGUGGAGAUAAUCCAUACAAAUGUGAGGAGCGUGGGAUGUACUACAACAGGCACUUGACUUGAUAUGCAUCAGAGGGUCCAUAUGGCAGAGAAACCAUGGAAGUUUGGGGAGAUUGCCAUGUGCUUCAGUUAUGCCUCAAAGUCUUCAACUUCAUCGGAGUGUUCACUUUCAAGAGAAACCUUAGUAAUGUGAUAUCUGUGAUAGUCUUCUCAACUACAAGCUCAUCUGAGAGUUCACAAUGGGAGAAGCAUUAAAAAUUUGAUACAUGUGGUAAGCACUUCAGUUUGAGUUCAUAUCUCAUAACUUAUUACAGAAUCCAUGCUGAUGAUACAUUUCAUACAGUCUCAGGAGGGAAAAUAUGUAAGUUAAAGUCAGAGUUUCAGCCAUAGUUCAGCAUACCCAUGUGGUUUUAGAACCACUGUAGCACAGAACCUUUGUAAGUUGGGGCUUCAUUCAGAAGUUUGGCAAUUAUAGUUAUUCAAGAGACAGGCCUUAGAAAGAAUAGGAGUUUGUUCAGGCAUUUACAAAUCUCUAAUGAUGGACAUAUUAAAAUUGAUGUCGGCUAGAAUAUAAGCUGCAUGUAUCUUUGCUGCAGAAUCUUCACAACCUUAACACUGAUUGGCACUUUGUAUGUGUGUUUGGUACAUGUAAGAGAUGUAGAAAGAGCUUUGGCUGGGCUUCAUAUCUUUUGAAAUAUCAGAGAUGUGAUAUUAAAGGAUCAAAAGGAGAAUACAUAUUUCAAAAUUGUAUCUAAAAGAGGAAACCUGGGAUAGACCAAGAUGGCCAAUUAGAAGCAGCUGUGGUUCACGGUACUCAUAGAGAGGAAUGAAAAUGACAGGUAAAUUCAGCACCUUCAACUGAAAUAUCUAGGUUCUCUCAUUGGGACUGACUAGGCAAUCAAUUCAACCCACAGAAAAUGAAGAAAAGCAGGGUGGAGUUAUGGCCCACCCGGUGUGGCAUGGAGCCAAAGGAAACCUCACCCCCACCCAAGGGAAGCGGUGAGUGAUUGUGCGACCCUGCCCAGGAAACCAUGCUACUCAAGGAUCUUUGCAACCCGCGGGUCAGGAGAUCUCCUUGUAAGCCCAUGCCACCAGGGCCUUGGGUUUGAUACGCAGAGCUGUGUGGAGUUUUGGCAGAGCAGCCUCUUAGGCACACACGGAGACCCAGGAGGUUUACAUGCUGUAGCCCCAGAAUUCCUGGCAAGGUGGCAGAUUCAUCCUUAUAUUCCCCUAGGAAGGGGGCUGAAUCCAGGGAGCCAGGCAGCAACAUUCUGUGGGCCCCACUUCCAUGGCACCUCACAAAACCCACUGGCUUGGAAUUUCAACCAACCAACAGCAACAGGCUUCAGCCUGAAAUAGGGAGCUCCUGUAGGGGAAGGCUGGCCACCAUUUCUGCAGUUCAGUCUACUCAGUGUUCCAGCCUGCCGGCUCUGGAGAGACCAGGUUGUCUGGACCAGGAGAGGAUCCCCCUUCCCAACACAGCACACCUGCUUUGCCAGAUUGUCUGGACAGGGAGAGGAUCCCCCUUCCCAACACAGCACACCUGCUUUGCCAGAUCAUGCCCAGACUGCAGCUUUUUUUUUUUUUUUUUUUUUUUUUUGGAGAUGGAGUCUCACUCUGUUGCUCAGACUGGAGUGCAGUGGCACGCUUUUGGCUCAUGGCAACCUCCACCUCUUGGGUUCAAGCAAUUCUCCUGCCUCAGCCUCCCAAGUAGCUGGGAUUACAGGCAGGUACCACCACACCUGGCUAAUUUUUGUAUUUUUCAUAGAGACAGGGUUUCACUGUGUUGGCCCGGCUGGUCUUGAACUCCUGACCGCAGGUGAUCCGCCUGCCUCAGCCUUCCAGAGUGCUGGGAUUACAGGCAUGAGCCACUGCACCUGGCCCAGACUGCUGCUUUAAGUAGGACCCUGAUCCAUUCCUCCCCACUGUGUGGGGCCUCCCUGUAGGGGGCCUUCAGUCACUCCAGCCAUGCUUAUACUGACGGAAAUCUAAUCUCUACCUCGGAUGGAGCUCCCAGGGGAGUGGCAACCACUGUCUCUAUGGUUCGGUUGACAAAGCUGUUCCAGCCUGCUGGCUUUGGAGAGUCUGGGCAAUCUGGAUGAGGAAUGGUCCUCCCCCAGCGCAGCACACCUGCUGUACCAAAAGCAGCCGGACUGCUUCUGUAAGUAGGUCCCUGAUCCUGUUCCUCCUGACUCAGUGAGAGCUCCCAACAGGAGUCUCUAGACACCUCCUACAGGAGUCUUCAGGCCAGAAACUGGUCAGUAUCCCCCUGGGACAGAGCUUCCAAAGGAAGAAGGCUGCCACCUUUGCUGUUUUGCAGCUUUCACUGGUGACACCUCCAGGUACAGGAAAAACGGAGGCAACUAGGGUCUCGAGCAGACCCCAGCAAACUGUGGUAGCCCUACAGUUGCUAACAGUCAGUGGCUUGACUGUUAAAGGAAAAACAGGCAGAAAACAACAAGAACAUCAACAAAAAAUAAAACCCCAUUCAAGGGUCAGCAACCUCAAGAUUGAAGGUAGAUAAGCCCACAAAUAUGAUAAAAAGUCAACACAAAAAAAUGCUGAAAACUCAAAAAGCCAGAGUGCCUCUUCUCCAAAUGACUACAGCACCUCUCCAGCAAGGGUACAGAACUGGGCUGAGGCUGAGAUGGCUGAAUUGACAGAAGUAGGCCUCAGAAAGUGGGUAAUAAUGAACUUUGCUGAGCUAAAGGAGCAUGGCAUAACCCAAUGCAAAGAAGCUAAGAAUCAUGGUAAAACAAUACAGGAGCUGAUGACCAGAAUAGCCAGUUUAGAGAGGAACAUAACUGACUUGAUGGAGCUGAAAAACACAACACAAGAACUUAACAAUGCAAUCACAAGUAUCAAUUGUAGAAUAGACCAAGAGGAGGAAAGAGACUCAGAGCUUGAAGACUAUCUUUCUGACAUAAGACAGGCAAAGAAGAACAGAGAAAGAAUGAAGAGUAAUGAACAAAACCUCCGAAAAAAAUAUGGAGUUAUGUAAAAAGACUGAACCUAUGACUGAUUGCAGAACCUGAAACAGAUGGGGAGAAUGGAAACAAAUUGGAAACAUACUUUAGGAUGUUAUCCAGGAGAACUUUCCAAACCCAGCAUGACAGGCCAACAUUCAAAUUCAGGAAAUGCAGAGAACCCCAGUACUCUGAGAAGUACUCAGAGAACCCCAGUACUCCAUGAGAAGAUCAACCCCAAGACACAUAAUCAUCAGAUUCUCCAAGGUCAAAAUUAAAAAAUGUAAAGGGCAGUCAGAGAGAAUGAAAGGUCAGGUCACCUACAAAGGGAAGCCCUUCAGACUAAUAGCAGACAUCUCAGUGGAAACCCUACAAGCCAGAAGAUAUUGGGGGUCAAUAUUCAGCAUUCUUAAAGAAUUCUUUGCCAGAAUUUAAUAUCUGGCCAAAGUAAGCUUUAUGUGCAAAGAAAUAAGAUCCUUUUCAGACAAGCAAAUGCUGAGAGAAUUCAUCACCACCAGGCCUUCCUUGCAAGAGUUCCUGAAGUAAGCACUAAAUAUAGAAAGAAAAAAACCAUUACCAGCCACUACAAAAACACACUGAAGUACAUAGACCAAUGACACUAUAAAGCAACCACAUAAACAAGUCUGCAAAAUAACCAGCUAGCAUCAUGAUGGCAGGAUCAAAUUCACACAUAACAAUACUAAUAUCAAAUGUAAAUAGGCUAAAUGCCCCAACUGAAAGACACAGAAGUGCAAGCUGGAUAAAGAGCCAAGACUGAUUGAUACGCCGUCUUUAAGAGACCCAUCACACGUGCAAAGACACACAUAGGCUCAAAAUAAAGGGAUGGAGGGAAAUUUACCAAGAAAAUGGAAAUCAGAAAAAAGCAGGAGUCACAAUCCUAGUUUUUGACAAAACAGACUUUAAACCAACAAAGAUUAAAAAAAAAAAAAAAAAGACAAAGCAAGGCAUUACAUAAUGGCAAAGAGUUCAACAAGAAGAGCUAACUAUUCUAAACAUAUAUAUGCACCCAAUAGCGAGGACCCAGAUUCAUAAAGUAAGUUCUUAGAGACCUACAAAGAGACUUAGACUCCCACACAGUAAUAGUGGGAGACUUUAACACUCCAUUGACAAUAUUAGAUCAUUGAGAUAAAAAAUUAACAAAGAUAUUGAGGACCUUAACUCAGCUCUGGAUUAAGCAGACCUGAUAGAUAUCUGCAGAACUCUCCACUCCAAAACAACAGAAUAUACAUUUUUCUUAUCGCCACAUGACACUUAAAAAUUGAUCAUAAUCGGAAGUAAACACUCCUCAGCAAAUGCAAAAGAACUGAAAUAAUAACAGUCUCUCAGACCAUAGCACAAUCAAAUUGAACUCAAGAUUAAGAAAUUCACCCAAAAAAUUAAAAUAAAAAUUAAAUUAACUCAGAACCACACAACUAUGUGGAAAUUGAAUAACCUGCUUGUGAAUGACUCCUGGGUAAAUACUGAAAUUAAGGCAUAAAUCAAGAAAUUAUUUGAAACUAAUAAGAAUAAAGACACAAUGUACCAGAAUCUCUGGGAUGCAGCGAAAGAAGUGUUAAGACGGAAAUUAAUAGCACUAAAUGCCCACAUCAAAAAGCUAGAAAGAUCUCAAGUUAACAACAUCACAACUAAAAUAGAGAACCAAAAACAAACCCCAAAGCUAGCAGAAUACAGGAAAUAAGAUCAGAGCAGAACUCAAGGAGACAGAGACACAAAAAAUCUUUCAAAAAUUAACAAAUCCAGGAGCUGGUUUUUUGAAAAAAACUAAAAGACUGCUAGCUAGACUAAUAAAGAAGAAAAGAGAGAAGAAUCCAACACAAUCAGAAAUGAUAAAAGGGAUAUCACCACUGACCCCACAGAAAUACAAGCAACCAUCAGAGAAUAUUAUAAACACUUAUCUGCACAUAAACUAGAAAAUCUAGAAAAAAAAGAAUAAAUUUCUGGAAACAUACACCCUCCCAAGGCUGAACCUGGAAGAAAUUGAAUCCCUGAACAGACCAAUAACGACUUCUGAAAUUGAGGCAGUAAUAGUCUACCAAAAAAAAAAAAAAAAGAAAAAAGCCCAGGACCAGACAAAUUUACAGCUGAAUUCUACCAGGGAUACAAAAAAGAGCUGGUACCAUUUCUACUGAAACUAUUCCAAACAAUUGAAAAGAAGGGAUUCCUCCUUAACUGUUUUUAUGAAGCCAGCAUCAUCCUGCUACCAAAACCUGGCAGAGAUAAAACAAAAAAAAGAAAACUUCAGGCCAAUAUCCCUGAUGACUAUCAAUGCAAAAAUCCUCAAUAAAAUACUGGCGAACUGAAUCCAGCAGCACAUCAAAAAGCUUAUCCACCACAAUCAAGUUGGCUUCAUCCCCAGGAUGCAAGGUUGGUUCAACAUAUGCAAAUCAAUAAAUGUGAUCACAUAAUGAGAACCAAAGACAAAAAUCACAUGAUUAUCUCAAUAGAUGCAGAAAAGGCCUUUGAUAAAAUUCAACAUCCCUUCAUGCUAAAAGCUCUCUAUAAACUAGGUACUGAAGGAACAUACCUCAAAAUAAUAAGAGCCAUAGAUUACAAACCCACAGCCAAUAUCAUACUGAAUGGGCAAAAGUUGUAAUCAUUCCCCUUGAAAACUGGUACAAGACAAGGACCACCCCCCCGCCCUUUCCCCACUCCUAUUCAACACAGUAAUGGAAGUUCUGGCCAGUCAAGUCAGACAAGUGAAAGAAAUAAAGCAUAUUCAAAUAGAAAGAGAGGAAGUCACAGUAUCUUUGUUUGCAGAUGACAUGAUCCUAUAUCUAGAAAACCCCAUCAUCUCAGCCCAAAAGCUUUUUAAGCUGAUAAGCAACUUCAGCAAAGUCUCAGGAUACAAAAUCAAUGUGCAAAAUCGCUAGCAUUCCUAUAAACCAACAACAGGCAAGCAGAGAGCCGAAUCAUGAAUGAACUCCCAUUCACAAUUGCUACAAAAACAAUAAGUUAUCUAGGAAUACAGCUAACAAGGGAAGCGAAGGACCCCUUCAAGGAGAGCUACAAACCACUGCUCAAAGAAAUCAGAGUGGACACAAAUGGAAAAACAUUUCAUGCUCAUGGGUAAGAAGAAUCAAUAUUGUGAAAUGGCCAUACUGCCCAAAGUAAUUUAUAGAUUCAAUGCUAUUGCCAUUAAACUACCGUUGACAUUCUUCACAGAAUUAGAAAAAAAAAACCUAUUUUAAAAUUCAUAUGGAACCAAAGAAUAGCCCAAAUAGCCAAGACAAUUCUAAGCAAAAAAGAACAAAGCUGGAGGCAUCAUGCAACCCAACUUCAAACUAUACUCCAAGGCUACGGUAACCAAAACAGCAUAGUACUGGAACAAAAACAGACACAUAGACAAAUGAAACAGAAUAGAGAACUCAGAAAUAAGACCACACACCUACAACCAUCUGAUAUUCAACAAACCUGACAAAAACAAGCAAUGGGGAAAUGAUUCCCUAUAUAAUAAAUGGUGCUGGGAGAACUGGCUAGCCAUGCACAGAAAAUUGAAACUGGACCCCUUCCUUACACAUUAUACAAAAAUUAAGAUGGAUUAAAAAUGUACAAAACCCAAAACUAUAAAAACUCCAGAAGAAAAUCUAGGCGAUACCAUCCAGGACAUAGGGACAGGCAAAGAUUUCAUGAUGAAAACACCAAAAGCAAUUGCAACAAAAGCAAAAUUUGACAAAUGAGAUCUAAUUAAACUAAAGAGCCUCUGCACACCAAAAGAAACUAUUAUCAGGGUGAACAGACAACCUACAGAAUGGGAGAAAAUCUUUGCAAUCUGUCCAUCUGACAAAGGUCUAAUAUCCAGAGCCUACAAGGAACUUAAACAAAUUUAUGAGAAAAAAAACAUUAAAAAGUGGGCAAAAGACAUCAACAGACACCUCUCAAAAGAAGACAUACAUGUGGCUGACAAACAUGAAAAAAAAGCUCAACAUCACUAUCAUUAGAUAAAUGCAAAUCAAAACCACAGUGAGAUACUGUCUCACAUCAGUCAAAAUGGCAAGUAUAAAAAAGUCAAAAAGAAGCCAUUUGCAGCAGCUCAAAGUGCUGUAAUCCCAAACCUUUGGGAGGCUGAGGUGCGUGGAUCACUUUAGGUCAGGAGUUGGAGACCAGCCUGGCCAACGUGGCGAAACGAACCCGUCUCUACUAAAAAUACAAAAAUUAGCUGGAUGUGGUGGUGCAUGCCUAUAAUCCCAGCUACUUGGGAGACUGAGGCAUGAGAAUUGGUUGAACUCAGGAGGCAGAGGUUGCAGUGAGUCAAGGUCAUGCCACUGAACUUCAGCCUGGGCAACAGUGAAACUGUGUCUCAAAAAAAAAAAAAAGUCAAAAAGCAACAGUUGUAGGUGAAGUUGGGGAGAAAAAGGAAUGCUUUUACAUUGUUAGUGGGAGUAUAAAUUAGUUGAACCAUUGUGGAAGACAGUGUGGCAAUUCCUCAAAGAUUUAAAGGCAGAAAUACCAUUUCACCCAGCAAUCCCAUUACUGUAAUAUAUACCCCUAAAUUAGAAAUCAUUCUAUUAGAAAGAUACAUGCACUUGUAUGUUCACUGCAGCACUAUUCAAAAUAACAAAGACAUGAACUCAACCCAAAUGCCCAUCAAUGAUAGACUGGAUAAAGAAAAUGUCAUACAUAUAGACCAUGGAAUACUAUGCAAACAUAAAAAGAAAUGAGAUCAUCCAGGACAUGGAUGGAGCUAGAAGCCGUUAUCCUAAGCAAACUAACACAGGAACAGAAAACCAAACACUGCAUGUUCUCACUUAUAAGUGGGAGCUGAAUGAUGAGAACAUAUGGACACAUGGUGGGAAACAACACACACUGGGGCCUCUUGGAGGGAUGGAGGGAGGGAGAGCAUCGGGCAGAAUAGCUAAUGGAUGCUGUGCUUAAUACCUAGGUGAUAGAUUGAUCUGUGCAGCAAACCACCAUGGCUCACAUUUACCUACGUAACAAACCUGCACAUCCUGCACAUGUACCCCUGAACUUAAAAUAAAAGUUGAAGAAAAAAAUAAGUCAUAGUAUUAAAAAGGAGAAACCUUGCAAGAAAUAAUUUAUGGAAACAUGAGUUGAAAUGCAGGGUGCACUCAGCACUGCAGUCUAGACCUUUAUUUUGAUUAUUAUCUUAUUCCACUUGGCUCCUGGCUUCCCCUCAUCCUCUGUUCUCAAGUCGGAUUCUUAUUAUUUGGGACUCUGUCUAGUGUUCCCUUGAUUGUAUACAGUAUAAAUUUAACAAUCAUUUGUCAUUUUUCUCACAAUACAAGGUGAAAAGAUUUUGUAAUAACAAACCACUGCAUAUUGUACAAUUAAGUUUUUUCAACCGUUUUAAGGCAGGAUUCACAGUAAACACUUUUGUCUUUUAAAAAAUUAUUUUUAAGGAAUAGAGACAGUCUCACCAUGUUGUUUGGCUGGUCUUGAACUUCUAGGCUCAGGCAAUCCUCCUUACCUUAGCCUCCCAAAGUGCUGGAAUUAUAGGGAUGAGCCACCACACCCAGCCCACAGUAACAUUUCUAAUGUGGCAGAUGUAGUUACAUUGACAAAAAUUUUUCUAGUAAAGGCCAGGUGGGGUGGCUCACUCCUGUAAUCCCAGCGCUUUGGGAGGCUGAGGCAGGUGGAUCACUUGAGGCCAUGGGUUCGAGAUCAGCCUGGUCAACAUGGCGAAACCCCGUCUCUACUAAAAAUACAAAAAUUAGCUGGUGUGGUGGUGUGUGCCUGUAAUCCCAGCUACCUGAGAGGCUGAGGCAUGAGAAUCGCUUGAGCCUGGGAGGCAGAGAUUGCAGUGAGCUGAGAUUGUGCCACUGUACUCCAGCCUGGGCAACAGAGCAAGACUUCAUCUAAAAAAAAUUCCUAAUAAGUUUUGAAUUGAUCAUGAUUUGUGAUUCUACGUUUCUGUGCAGGCUUUAAUAUGAUUGCCUUCUAAUUGCUGUAGUAUUUAUUUUAUCAGACUUCUCAGGUAGAAGCUUUGCCAAAUUUGAAGGAAAAUUUUUGGCAACCUCAGUAUUUCUUCCCAUCUCUAUGAACUACCAAGAAAAUUUGUUGGAGUUUAGUAAUUUCAUCAUGCAUAUUCAUUAUUGGAGCAGGAGUAACCUUUACAUACUCUUCUUUAUUGUUGGCCAUAAGAAUAUGUUUUUUGGAAAGUGGUAUAUGGCAGUAUGUAUAAGGUACAACUGUUCGACCUGGAAAUCAGGAUAGAAAAUUACAACAUUAAAACUCUGAAAAUUAGUAGAUUACAUGGAUGAUGUCACUUCAUUUUCAAAUGGAAAGAACAAGUGUUCAACCACAGGAAUUUGUAUAAAGUGCAUUUAUUCGUAUAAAAACACAAAGGCAGUAAAAUGAUGACAUAGAUGUACAAUAAAAAGAGAAGAGCAUAAUGUAUGCUUUAGGAAUUCUACUGUAGCCUUCAUAACAAACUAAGUGUCUUUGCGUUUCUGGGUUUAUUUGGUUAUUUUUAGUGUGUGCAUACAUCAUUUGUGAAUGAAUAUUCUGACAUUUUCCCUGGCAAUGAGUAUUUUCUGGAAUUUUUCAUUUUAUAAUUUUAUGCAUUUUAAAUUUCUCAUUGAACACCAAUUUUACCAAAGCAGUUAUGUGAUGAAAAAUUUGAAAAAUUAUUAAUAUUAAUCACUUACCUAUAAGGACUCUGAAUAAGAUUGCUCUCUACAUUGUCAUAUGACAGUUCAAAAUUAAGGAAUAGGGAUGUGGAAGUCAUAUUUCAAAAUAAAAAAAUGUAUCUGGUCAA